AUGUCCGAGACAUCAUACCCGAAAGUUUGUGGAUCUGAGCUUGGCUAUGCUGGCCCCAAAGUUCAUAUAAUUGUUCUUGGCAACGACGAGUGCUUCCAGAGAGGUAGAAUACUCCAUGAAUUGUACCACAUUCUAGGAUUUCCUCACGAGCAAAACCGAUCUGAUCGAGACAAAUACGUUGUGGUCAACUGGAAGAAUCUUCUUCCCGGCAUCGAGCUCAACUUCCGGAAGUUCAAAGGAAGAUACAUGGACGUAGGACCUUACGAUUAUUACAGCCUAAUGCACUACAGUUUGUACGCUAUGGCCAACGACCGAAAAGUGAGAACUCUAACGCCAACUACGAAAAACGUUGACGAGAGCAGAAUUGGCCAACGCAAGGAUUUCAGCCCAAUAGACUUGCAAAAGAUCAACACCUUUUAUAAGUGCGAGAAAAAGACACAGCCCAGCAGCAAAAAAAUGUAUCAGACAACGAUUUCUCAAAAAUUGAAGUCGGGGAUGAAUAAAAAAAUGCAAGAGCCGAUCGAUGGUGUAAUCAGCGUUCAAGGGAAUUCAAAGCUCUUCAAGAAAUGAAGAAAACAUGAACUUCCCGUAAAUGAAAAGGUUUUAUUGAACCGGCUAGUUAAAUUUUGUUGAAUACACGUGACGAAAAAUACACGCUAUUUCCUUUA